AUGCUGGAAAGGCAGCUCUCUGUGCUGCUGGCGACGUACCUCAAUCGAUUUAUCUGUGACCUCAAUGAGGAGCAACUGCGCGUCUCCCUCUGGUCUGGAGAGUUAGUGCUGCGGGAUCUGGAGCUGCGAACGAACAUUGUCGACCAGAUCGCCCUUUCCCUCUUUCAGGGGCGACAGGAGGUCGGAAGCCGCGAGGAGGCGGACGGCGGUGAUGCCGCAAGGGCGACGGCGCAGGCGCUUAUGAUGCCCUUCACCGUUGUCAAGGGAGUAGUGAAGGAGCUCAAGAUUAGUGUUCCGUGGUCAGCCGUUGAUCGAGAGCCCAUUAGUCUGGAGGUUAUUGGGGUGGAGAUUGUAUUCGGCCUUUUGCGCGCCAGGCCGCACAACGCCGACGAAGACGCCGCCCGCUUCAUGGCGGUGAAGCAGAAACAAUUAAAUACGUUUGAGGCGGGCCGGUUAGGCGGCCGAGCUGAUGAGGGUCAUGAGCUUGGGAUGAUGGGUGCCCCGCCUAUGCCCGGCACAGGAGCUGAGAGGAAAAAAAAGCUCUCCUACGUUGAACAGCUCACUGAGACGAUUAAACGGAAUAUCCAUGUGGUGCUGCGUGACGUGUCCUUGAACUACGUCGUGGACUAUCAUGGUCUCGCUCCGUGUUUUACCUGUGCACUUCGUGUGACGUUGGACAGCGUGUACAUCACCACCACGGAUGAGGAGUGGGAGGAUCGCUUCAUCAUGGAUCUAUCGAUGCUAUACUGCAAGAAGUUGGUGGUGGGCGGGCUACGGGUGUCUCUCCAUGCCGUAAAGCAGCAACACGGUGCGGAGGGGGCGAACCAGAAGGCUGCAUCACCAACGUGGCGGAAGGCGAUGAACAUUCUGCAGGCGGAGGGUAUCACAGUGCUGCUACACUUACCCAACCCCAACUAUAGCGCAGAUGCUGUCGUGGAAGAUGUGAAACGACCUGUGGUUUCUGUGAUUGCGACAGCUCCCAUUCGUCUUCGAGCUUCCUUUGGAGUUGUUGGAUUUUUGACGAUCAUUAAUGACUCACUCAAAAAUGGCUUAUUGGGGUUGAACUACAGGCAACACCUUCAUCUCCUUUCCAAAGAUGACGAGGGGACACUCACAUGGCCACAGCGACGCUGGAAAUUUGCACUUUACUGUGUCAUGGACGACGUCAGAAGAUCCAAAAACGAGGCCAAAGGACACCAGCGUUUUAUCGAAGGUGUUGUACUCUUUGGAAGGCGCAGAAGAAAGUAUUGUGCACUAUGGAAGCGAUUCCAGGGAGUAGCAUGGCUUCCACCUCUUACAACAGAUGAGAGAAAUACUCUACAUGCUCUGGAAGAGCUCCUCACAGUAGAGCAACUUGUGUUUUUGCGGUGCCUGGCGUACGCUGAGCUAACGGCGGAAAGACAGUCUAUGAGGCAACAGAAGUUAUUUAUUGAAGAAGUGAAGAAGCGGAAGCAGCUUGUCAACGAGAGCGUCGAGUCGGGCAGUGGCCGGUGGUGGCGGUGGCUUGGACGGGGUGAAGCCAGUGAGCGCGCCGCCACAGCCGAGCCAAAGGAACAGGAGGUUGUAGCAGGUGGUGGCAUUGAGGCAGAAUGGGCCUUUGGCCAAAAAUUUCUUCAGCAGCUUGCAACAAGACGUGUGGGGCCUUUCAUGGCAUCCUCAUCCUCGGCAGCAGCAGCAUCAGCAUCAGCAUCAGCAUCCACGGUGGCGUCCACAAAUCCCAUUGUCAUUUUGUUGGAUCUCCCACAUGUCGAUCUAGAGAUUGGGCCAGACCUCUGGAGGAGCGAUAUGACCAAAAAAAAACCUCUGCUCUCGUACCUAGCGAAUCUGCAACAGCGUCUAAAGCUCGACCUCAAUGAUGUGAAGUGUAAAUACGCUAAAAGUGCAGCUCCCCAGCAAGAUCGUGUUGGAUUUAGUCUAGUUAUUGGAAGUGCCUUUGUGGGCUUCACUGGAUCUUUGUCAUCCGUCGUACUUGGGACGCAUGACUUGCGUGAUGGAAAGAAGAAGCAUGAGGAGGACUCUGGUCAGAGUGGCGAUAUUGUGCGUGCACCUUGGAUGUCCAUUAAUGUUAAUGAAACGUAUUCGCUGGUGAGUGGUUUCAUCACCACCACCUUGCUAACUCUCCAACCAUUGUGUGAAUUGCAGUGGUGGGUGUCUGGUGUUCGAGAGUUUAUUGCAUUACUGCCGGAAUACACGAAGCUGAAUUUGGGCCCUUCCUGUGAGUCGCCUAUGCCGCAUUGCAGUUCUACAUCUUUGCCUACAGUAGAUAUUAUCAUUGCCGGAAUUCUUCUUACCACGCCCUUGUAUGCUGACGAUGGCACUGAAAGAAACCUGUUUCUUCGCGUUCCCGACCUCCAUCUAUUAAGCAUUAAACAAGAGGAGAAGGAGGAUGCGCAGUACGGUGAGGAUGAGAGGCCGAAUGGGCAACAGCUUCUUAUGCGCGCGUCUGCCCCCACCAUGUGCUGGCGUUUUUCUAUGGGUGGGAAAGAGCCAAUUUGUCUUGAUUGCGAAGGUGUUGGUGAUCUCUUGGUGUUAUCGUUCGUCAAAGCGGAAGUGGUGUUUAGUGAGCAGCUGAGCGUCUUUGUGAGGACGCGUGCCAAGGCGACAGUUUCUCCCGCGACGCUUGGACUCUUUCAUGAGCACAUGAAAUGCCUGGAGUUCGUCGAGGGAAAUGUUGGAGAAGCCCUCCUCUGCGAAGUCAUGAACAAUGACGGAAAGUGGCGGUUGAAGUCCUCCACGGCACUCGCUGUUGGGGGAACUGCCAUGACGUUUCCAGCGGCUCGAUGCCGCAGUUUUCUCCGUCUGCUCUACCGAUGGGCCAUUGCACGAGAGGUGGUCUGUAGAAAAAGAGCUGCGCCAGCUGCCGUCGACGUCGCUUUGCCCCUGCUGCAUCGUGUAUUUGUAGGUGUCGACUUUGUGCAUGUAACGCUGCGUAACGCGAACAACGAGGACGUGGUUGAGGUUGAACUCCCGGGCAUGGAACCCUCCUCAUAUGGAACGGGGGCUUUGGUUCCAUUGUCUCCCGCGCGGGACGCAUUUAUACUAGAGAUGACGUCAUCUGGUACCACGGGGUACAACACACUGAUUUGUCUACCGGAUUUGCACGUCACGGCUCCCUCAGGCCAACACGUAUUUGUGCUUGAGGGGCUAACAGCCACGCAUAACGCCCGUUCCUCUUUGCUUUCCUUGGCGGCGGAAGGGUUGGACGUACGGCUUUGUCGUUCGCUUGUCGAUUGUGUGGAGGUGUUGCUUAUGUCGUCCGCCUUAUUGCGGACCCCUCCUUCCUCAGCUUGGCUGCCGCUUCCCAGCCUGGAGGAGGCCGCAGACAGGUGCGUUUUGCCAGACGCCACGGCACACGCCAGCCGCGUCAUGGAGACGACGCUAAAGCGAUUUAGCCUUCGCUUUCAGUUUCACCGGACAGAAGAGUGCGUCGCCGUGAACCUUGGCGACUUUUCACUCCGCGCCGACAGCACCUCUGGGAGGCGAACUUUAAACCUGUGCGGAGGGCUUGAUAGGGUUGAGUACAUUGCAGAGAACGGGGAGGAAGUGAAAUCGUUUACGCUUCUUGCGCCCAGCACCGGCCUUAGGGGAAGCGUGGAUCCCGCCUCCUUCACCUGUGCCCUGGAGAGCAGGAACGACGAAGUCGGCGAUGGCGGCCGAAGUGUUGUGUCGUUCCACACGAAGGGGGGCAGAGUGGGAGUGUUUCGCGCGUAUUGGAUGCGGCUGCUCUCCAUGCGGUAUGACCCCACCGUUGUCAGUCUGUUGAACCUACUUGGCUCUGAGAAGCGCGGCUGCCCCGCCGCGCCGGGCGUCCAUGCGGAAGUGCUGCAGGCGUCGGCACCAGCGAGGGAGGCGCAGGGCUCCCCGGGGCUGACGGUCGUGGCCGGGGAGGUGACUGCGCUGGAGCUGCUGCUCGCGACUGACGUUGCGGAAGAAAUGGAUUUGCUGAACACUGAGACGUACAGCUCCUUCUUCGUGGAGACGCUCACGCUCAGGGCGGAGGUGUCGGGAGGCGAUGAGGGACGUGCUGCCGGCGGUCACGCUGCGGCUGCACCGCCACCGUUGCUCCGGGGACAGCUGACGUUGUGUGGGAUGUCUUACUUCUCCCUUGGCGAAGGCAACGGUGCGUGGUUUCCACUCAUCCCGCACGCCUCAUUGCUUGUGGAGAACUACACACAAUUGGUGCCAAACGCAGACAAGAGCGGAUACGAGUAUGUUGGGGGCGGUGGUGGCGAUAUGGCACUUCACCUGCUGAUUGGCCCGCCAGACAGCAACGCCGCCGAUGCCGCGGCGGCGGCGGCGGUGGAUAUCAAGCUUACCUUGCCCUGGCUGAAUACCCUUCUCCGGGCACUUGCUGCCAACAUUUUCAGUGCGGUCCACUUGGCCAACGGCGUGCAGGAGACCGAGGCCACAGCGGCGACACCGGCGGCUGGGAAGGUGACGAGCACAACAGCCCCAUCGUCACGGUCGACGUCGGUGUCGUUUCUUGUCACGGUCUCCUCGCUGCGCCUUGUUUUCAUCAAGGAACCGGAUAUUUUUGUUAUACGUGCCCAACUUCAAUUUUAUUCCUUUAGCGGUGUUGGGGAAUUUGACGGCGCGACAACCUCGAUGCAUAUGGUUCAUGUAGGCAAGCUUACCAUCGAUGAUAUCAGCCCUAAUCGCCGCAUUAUGAGGCGUGAUAUCCCUCAAUGGCAACAGCACCUGCAUGGCGUCGCACGAGACGCCCGCGCGAGUCAAAAGAAGCGGAUGUUCGAGUUGGAGAGCGGCUGCAUCUCUACGCCAACGUCUCAGACAGGUGUGGACAACACGACGUUGGCUAGUGCAACCGAUUUGGUGUUCGAUGGGGUACAGAUUUACACGGCCCGAUGCUCUUGGACCACACUUCUCGGCAUGCUUUUCUUUGAACUUCCUGCGGGGGAGUGGGGCGCAGCGAAAAACAGUGCCCCCACACUUGGCAGCGACGUUGAAGCGAAGUCCUCUGUGCUGACCGUGACUGUUCAUCAGCUCAAUCUCCACUUGGAGCUGCCGUGGGAAGAGCCUCUGGCGCAACUAUCCGCAGCUUCUGUGCGGGUGCAGCUUCAGCAGCGCGAUGGAGAUAAAACCCUGGAGUUUUCUGCAUGUGAACCCAUCUCUCUCACCCCAACUUUUGAACACGCGGCAGAGGUGAAUAUCCUGGAAUGGGUGGACGCAAGCGAGGAGACAACACAGACUCGUGCGCCAAUGCCGUUUCUCCGCAUCUUUGUCACACAAUCAUGCAAUAAUCGAAAGGAAUACGAGUUUGACACACCGUAUGAAGAGAAGCCGCGGGUUUGCUACCCUAAUAAGGUAGAGGCAACCCUGCAGUCCAUGAGGCUCUUUGCUGAUACGAAACUCAUGACCCGUUUAGCGCGCUUUGCUUUGGAUGAGGCGGAUGCGUAUAGUUCCCUUAUCCCGGCUUCAAAGCCGGUAAGGGCAGUGCCCCCUAUGUCCCUGACCAUGAUGGAUAUUUCAGUGAAGGAUCUCCAGAUACUUUUUGCCGCAGUGGAACCAGCGCAGGCGCCAAGCUGGCGUCUCACGGUAGAGGGCGUCAAGGUGACGAACGAGUGCGUUGAAGAGGUUCUUGACGGUAAAUCUCCUGCAGGAAUGGGAAGCCUUGGAUGUUUUUCUAAUGUCUACACAAUGAAGCUGUCUGGGGUGUUCUUUGCCUGUGAGGGGCUUUACCCUUUGCGGUUCCCCAACACCGUCGCAAGUGCGCAGCUCCCCAAAACGCAGAGUGUGUUUACUGAGUGUCGGUCAACCGUGUCAGUCACCUCCGAUGAUCGUGCGCACACGCGGUCCACCUUCGUCAUAGUUUCGCCGGCAUCCUUGAAUGACGCCCAGUCGCGAGCAUCUUUUUUUAAACGCAUCCACAUCCAAACUGAGGAUGAUGCCUGUCUUUCCAUUUCUGCACUUCACGUGCGGGAUGCGCUGCGUGUGCUGCCACCGCGAGUGCCGCCGGAAGAAGUGCCGCCGUAUUACACCGCGCCGGUCAGCGUGGACCAGGCGUCUGCUUCUGAGGCGUCUCUCGUCUCGGUUAAUUUGCCCCGGUUUUCCAUCCGACUGACGGAAAGCGGCCUUGUCAAGGCGGAAGCGAACGCAGGUAAAGGUGAGAAAAAAUGCGUCAGCGGGGCCAACCUCACCACCAUCGCCGCCGACGCCGCGAGCCUCGCGACACUUCGCUUUCUUGGAACCGUGACACUCUCCGCUUUCUUCGACUCGCAUGAGGAGGCCCUGAUGCGGGCACGGUUUGCCAUCAACGGGCCGUUUGAGCUUCUGGACGGCAAUGGCGUUGUUGUGUUGUUUCGCCGCCGCAGUGCGUCCUUGACUGAGGUAGAACAUUCACCGCCGUGCCAACCCCCCGGGCCGGAUGACGCCGGACUUCGCGUUGAGGCGGCGGACGGCCCAAGGGAACGCCAAGUGUGUCUGGAAUCGCAUGGAAUCAUCGUCGCACUUCAGCCCCAUACCGUGGAUUUUGUGCUACGUAUGCAUAACUUUAUUGCUCUCAUGCAUCGUGAAGGCUUCUUCGCGAUGGAGCACAAGCACAGUGCGGGCAACACGGACGCAGCACAACCUUCUUCUUCCCCGGUAGAGAAGCAAACUGUAUUGACUAUUCGUGUGGCUCUGCUUUCACUGACAAUGGAGCGUACGGCGCUAAUGGAGGCGCGAAAUGUGGAGGCACGUCUCAGCUGGAAAGAUGGUGAUUCGACGCCGGUGGAUGCCUCCACACCGUACAAGAUUGUCAUUGGAAACCUUCUGCUGCGAAAAAUGGAUAGCCUAUACGCGUUCGUCUGUCUCUCAUCUCUUGAGGUGUUCCUCGGAGUUGGGGAAGUGAACCUUCGAGCAAAUAAAUUUGUUGUCAACAACUACGACAUGUCGUUUUACGCGGAGCUCUGGAAGAGUGCGGAGGCGCUCUACCGCUAUGUCCUGCAGAAUGUCACUUUCUCAAAGAAGAAAGAAGAUGGGUUUAAGCAGUCUGUCAUGGUGACUUUGACCGAUGUCCGUGUGUGCUUCUUUCUCUCUCGACAAUACCUCGUCUCUGAGGCGACAAACGGCAGGAUGGAGAUUGUGUUCCCCGUGGUGGUUUUAAAGCAAAAGGCGUGCACGGCAGGACGAAGCUUGACGCUUGAGACCGAAAAUGGGGUCAUACGCUACCGCCGCCCAGAGGGUCUACUACCGCCCUUUGUGAAAAAUCUGUCCUUGUCUUGUUUUAUGGAAAACAGCCUUGUCACGCUGUCUCAGUCCGUCGUGGUACAUCUCAGUGGCGUAGAGGCCUUCAUUCCGCUUGGGGACACGCUGCAGUGCUGUGUGGAGGCCGUCGCGCAGGCCUUUCUGCCUCUGCUCUCCGUUUCUGCUGCGGCCCACCGCAACGUGGACGCCAGCCUUGCCCCCACGGCCGAGGUGCCUGCAACCCCGCUGACCUGCGACAGGUUCGUCUUUACUGUUCCUUUGGUGUCGUUGAAUGUGUGUGCCCUCCAGUCAGACGAUGAGGCGUUGGUGGAAAAACCCACCGUCCUUUUUGGUGUAACUCUCAGUAACCUAAUGUGGGAACAAAGUCGCACUGGUGUGAAUGAGAAGGUCCUUGCCCAGGUUCUCUCUGUCACAAGCACUGUGGACGCGACCUUCCAGAAGGAAUUUGUCAGUGCGACGGCCCCGAGUGGGGCGCUCGAUGAGCCGUCCCGGUGGGCCGUGUAUUUCUGCAAGGAGAUUUCUCUGAGCGAGGCAGCAGCGCCCUUGUCCCAACCCCACACAGAUGAAGGCGAGGCUGGAGGCGGGGAUAUAUUGCUGCACGAACAACUUCCAACGCGCCUUGUAAGUAUCAUUGCCCGCGCACAUGCGGUAAGGCUUACCUUGUCACCGACGCUUCUAAGCACGCUGAAUGAGCAUGUUCUUUUACAUGUUGCCUCGGGUGUUCAUCGCACGCGAAGAGUAACCGCGUCACGCUUGCCGUCUCGUCCUGUGCGUGAUGCUGGUGCCUUGUGGAGUUGCAGCUCUGUUGGGGAUCCCAACGAUCGGCUCCUCAUCAUUAGAGGUGAUUAUUGUCUGAGCACGGACCUCAUGCUGGGUGGGAGACGGGGAUCGCUUCUCCGCUUUGCCAAGGCGACCAAUGAAAGUGCCUCACUCAAUAAAAUAAUUCUUAAAGGCGUUAACCACGCAAAGUUGUUUGUGUCCAUGUUUGUGGCUCCCGAUGGCAGCUUGAAGCCGCCUAUCGUGGUAGAUCCGGGCCUCACGGUCGUGAUUGAGGGGGUGCCGUUUGUCACAGGAGGCGGAAAGCUGAUGGAUUACGUCGAAUUGGGUGCGCGUUCGCUCCUGCUGGCACCCACUGAACUGCCCACCGCCGCGGACUCUGGAACUCCGUUCCCUUCACUAGAGGCGGCUGCCGGCGUGCCCUUGGGCACCGCGCGUUGGUAUAACCUGCAGGUGGCGAUUGAUGCCUCGACCGAUGUUGCGCUGAGCCUGUGGUCGGAGCAUCAAUCGAUCGAGGUCUCCGGUGAGGCGUACGCACGUUACAGGCUGGAGAAGAACUGCUAUGAGGGCAACCGCGGCGUACGAGACUUCAUAGAUGAGGCUGGCGAAGUGGCGCUCUCAAAUGUGUCCAUCUUGUGCGACAGUGGCUGCAUCACGAAGGACCCCACAGGCCUGAUGGUGCACGUCAAGCACCACAAACUGAAGGAGGACCACACAAAUGCCGGCAUGACAGUGGUGCGGGCGAUUCUAUCGACCACCAGUUUCACGCUUUCGGCGGGGAACCUCCAACUUCUCUAUGGUACCCUCAAGCAGCUACGCCAGGGUUUGAAUCAUAUAGGAUGCACCAUGGAAUUAACCGCAACCGUAGAACCCGCGCAACACAGUGACGAGGAAGACAACAGGAAGUUCGUAACGAGCGGGAAGACGUACACUGGAGCUGUAGAUUAUGCUUCCUCCCAUGCUGAGCCAUCCUUGUUGUGGUCGCGUGAAGGGGAAGUGACGCCAUUGAUUGAGUUCGCUGCUUCCGCAGCUUGGGUCGAACUCAUUUUAACAAAUGACUUCUACAGACCGGAGGUGGCCGUUGUUCUUGGCAAUUCUGCCCUCAUGGCAAAAGGGAAUCGUAGCUUGAAUCGCAUGAAGUGGACAGCCUCAACCGUGGUACGUGUUACAGACUACCCACAACUGCAGCCUUCACGUGAUGUUCUUCUUGUCUCACCUGAAGUGGCAGUGGAGUACGCACGAUACACCGGUGGUGGGUUCUCCCUUCAAGGAGCCCUGACUUGUCCUGAACUCUCCCUGACGCUGCCGUUAGUGACGGCGUUGCGUCUUCUUCGCUUUCGUUUUGACUUGCAGCGCUCAGGGGCAUACUCGUUUCUCAACUGUACCGGCGUUCCGCUCCUCCUUUUGGCGGUAACUCAGGUGAACCAGACGAGUCCGAAGGCACGAACGCAGCUCUGCCGUCUGCCGCCGGGCAAACUCGUCAAGACAAGCCUUUUUCACCACAACCAAACUCGAUUCCGCGUCAUCCUCGACGGCAAGGAAGAGGUCGACGCGUACGACGAGAACCCCGGCAUGUUCGGUACCGAGGUGAACUUGUCUGCGCUGCAGCGUGGGGCAACGUAUCGCUUUCUACUUUCUGGGCCCUCUAUUGGCGCGUUAGAUGCCGUGAUGCGCCUGGAUGAGAAGGAGCGCAUUGUUGACAUCACCACGUCUGUCGAAAUAAAGAAUGAGCUUGCCACACACGUCGUAUGCUUGCCAGGAACGCCUUCUGAUCCAUGCAGGGUCCAUCCAAAGGAAACACGUUACGCACCGCUUCCCUGCCUCCGUCAUCCUUUCUCACUGACCGUUGGAGAGUGGCGAUUCAAGGCAAGGAACUCACUUGUUACCUUGGAAAGCUUAGUUAGCGCAUUUACGCUUCUCACACAUGGAGAGAAGGGAAUGUCUGCAAAUGCGAUUAACGACGACGUUGUUGUUGCUCCUAGGCGCGCAUACAUGGAAGGAGAUGACACACUUGUGAUUCCGUUAACUCUCGAAAAGGAACAGCAUGAUGAGGGUUUGGCUGAAAGGGAGGAGAUGCGUAUUCUCUUGCUGCUGACACGACGGGUUGCGUUGGAGAGUGCGCCCCGCCCCUCACGCCUUCUGUCCCGCUAUGAAGUAGAAUUGCGUGUCUGUCCAACGGUGACUCUCUUGAAUGAGACGGGGGCGGUGCUUGCUGUAAACGUGGUACCCUCCCCCUCAGAUGCGGCCGCGCACACACGGACGCUGCUGCGUGGAGGAGAAGAGUUCAAUUUCUUCUCCCAAUGCCCUGAGGGAGAAGUAUUUCUGGUGGAUUUAACGUGCGAGUUCGCGGAUGGUGUGCAGUUCUCCUCUGUCAGACCUCUACCGCUCACUUUCAGAGGAACUACGGCGGUGGCCAUAAAGGAUCCACUUGGUGGGAAAACGGCCGCCCUUUUGGUGGAGCAUGCGGCGCACGGUAAAUUCAUUGUGCGUGCGGCAGCCAUUCUGAUGAAUGCGUUGCCGUUUCCUGUGCGAGUCUACGACGCGUCGAAUGCCCUAAUGCCGGGGCAGAAGGAUGCGGAGGGGCUUCUCCCGGGACAUGAGUUGCCUCUGACGCUACCAAUCUUUCGGGAGCAGCUGCGGCGGAGGCCUGAUGCCGCGGUCACGGUACGAAUUGCGGCAGGUGGUCCCAAUGCGAUUUGCUCGCAACUGUUUACUUGCAACGCCCCAACCGUUUCAGGCAUGCUUCAAACUGUGGACGGGGACGUGGUUCGCAUCUUCAGGGCCCAACGCUUGGGAGGGAUGAAAAACGUGUUCACCCCCACUCCUGCAAUUCGUCUGGAACCCCUGUGGGUGUUCCGCAAUCAGAGCCACGUCUUCUCCUUAACAGUGCUCUCUGUGGGAAUGACGGAGCCCAGCAUCAUUGAGCCACAGACAACGAAGGAAUGGACGGUCUUUGCCGUGGCAUCGGCGUCCGAUCCACUAUUGCAGCUGCGUUACGGUGGAAACGGGGAGGAGCUAUUUAUGUGGUCUGAGCCGCUCAAGCUGGUUACCCUCUCCGGCGACAACGUGCCCAUUGCCAUGCGGCAUCAGCUGCAUGAGAGAGUGACGGAAACGGGGGAGCUGGUGUUGCCGCCAGGCGUUGUAGAGGCAGGCGUGGCCGUCUACACGAGCAUGCGGACUCCGUUGAUGGCGGGAGAGUCACCGACGUGUGAACGUUUUGCGUGUCUCUCCAUCACCCCUUGGAGAAAAAAUGGGAUUUUUUACGUGGACUUCUCUUUGGAUGGGAAUGUGCCGGUAGUUGUAGAAAAUCGUACUGGACGCUCGCUACAAUAUGAACACGUGCGAAAGGCGCCUUCAGCUUCGCAGCAAGUUGCACGUGCCUACGUUGUCUUGCCCUUCACGGACGGUGUAACCUGUUUUGAGAGCGGUGAUACCGCCCAUGUCAUGCGUCUCACCCUGUUUGACGGGAAGCGGCCUCCUCAGCAGUGCAUCGUUGAUUUGGCAAAAGCGGCUGCGGCACGUGGGGCUAUAAAGGCAUCUGCAGAGAUGUUUGUUCUCUGCACGUAUGACUAUAGUAUUCAACGCUACUACGUCUCCGUUACCGCGGACCGCUCGCUUGAAAGCAGGCUUUUAUUUCAACCUCAGUAUAUCAUUCACGUGGAGACGUUUAUUCGCGCCCUCUCACUGUAUAUCGCCUCUAUAUGUGUCCCAAGGGACGAGACCGCCUUGCAAGCAUCGCCGCUGGCGGCACUAGUGAUGAGGAAUCAGCUUCGCGUGGGCCGAGGCAUCACUGCUGAGGGGUCCACUAACGCCGAGGUACUCGCCGCCCUCAAGUGUCGUGAGCUUGACCUCGUCCUCGUUCAGGCCCUUGGAAUCUACGGUGUUGUUUCUACAAAUGAAAGGCACUAUUUUGGCCGCCUAGACGUUGGACGCUUGGCUGUUAUUGACUGCACCAACCCUCGACCAGCGUACCCUGUUGUCAUGGAGCUAAACAGCGAAGAGAGGCGUCUGGGUGCGUCUGACAGCAAGGCGGUCAAGCCCUCCUUGUCGGUGAAGAUGCACGCUCUUGCUCCGGGGGAACCCACAGCCGUGAGGACGAGGGAACGUGCGUCCGGGAAAGGUGUGACCAUUCCGCUGCAGCACCUCUCCCUUGAUGUGGCUCCAGUGACGCUGAAACUAACCGAUUCCUUACUGUUUCUGCUGCGUCAGGCUGGCGUCUGUGCCUGGGAGGCCACCCAGCAAACCGUGCCUACUCGCGCCGCUGCUGAGCAGGUGCUGGGAAGCGGCAACCAGGCUGGCGGUCCCACAUCAUCAUCUUCCUCGCUUGAGGGCAUUCCUAUUUAUAACUGCCGCAUUACGCACUUGCAUGUUUCACGCAUUGAUUUAGAUCUUACUCUCACACGCCGUAGCGAUGGAAAGUUUGAUCCUUUUCUGGGUAUGCCUCUUGGAAGCCGGUUUAUACCAUCUGUGGAGCGGGCUCCCUUGAGCAUCAGUGGGGUGGAAAGAAUGGAUGUGAGUCAGCGUGGAAGCUCGCCAUAUGCUGCAUUAGUGGCGCUGCUCUGGCCCUCGUAUCGCAGUCAGCUGAUGUUUCAGCUCUACAAGGUCGUUGGUUCCCUUGAGAUUCUGGGAAAUCCCAUUGCACUAUUAGGCGGCUUACGAAAGGGGGUUCAGUCGUUUGUCGUUGAGGUGGCGGAUAUGAACCCUGUGAAGGGUGCCCGUGAAUUUCUUCUUGCAACUACCUCCUCGACGCUGCACACGGUUGGGCUGCUCUCCCGCGUAGGCAGCCGGACGGCGGCAACCCUCUCGUGGGACAAUGACUGGCUUGAAGCAAGGGGGGAGGAUGAGCGAAGUAGUGACCCGUUGAAUAGGAGCGGCGUCUUGCGAGGUAUGGCGCAGGGACUCCGUGAUGGUAUUGAGGGCGUCGUUGCUCGCCCACUGAGCGGCGCGCGAGCCACCGGUCUCGCUGGGUUUUGUACGGGCGUCGCAACCGGCGCCGUAGGGCUGCUCACUCGGCCUGUUGCUGGGGCACUGGAUGGAUUUGGCAACACCGCGGAAUUUUACUCGAAGUUACUGCAGGCAGCAGAUGCGAUUCCUGGCGCUCAUGUCAGAUAUUUGGAAAGUGGGCGCAAUUUUAUCGCUGCCGCCGUCGCACCUGCAAGCGAGAAGAUCCCUGCUGGUGGCAAGUCUGAAGCAGGCAGCACGAAUAAUUCCGCUUUAGUGACGCCUGCGGGAACUGUUACUGGGCUUACUUCCGCGGCUGAGGAAUCCUUGACACGCCUGGGGUCUAGAAGGAGGUGGGCCACGGACGACUGCGAGUUUAUGUCCCAGAUGACGUACGAUUCAUUUAUUUUGAAUGCGAAGCAGGAGGGCCUUCGUGGUGAAGACUUCGUGCACUUUAUCAAGGAUACCGCUGGCGUUCAUAAUUAUGCCCUUUACGCCGAUUGGAACUCCUUUGUGGCGAACACCACGCCGGAGGAAUUCUACAACUGGGUACAUGUUGCACUUGCGGCUGCCCUUGCUAAAGAAAUGGGGUCUUUACUAUCGAAUAUUGAGUUCAGUGGAAGGGCGGUAACCCCGUUAACGCUUCUGCCAUCUCGUGGGUCGGGACACAACAGCCAGCAAAGGCGCGAAGCUGCUGUGUCAUUGGAGCGGGCAGAAGUGAUUAAAAACACUCUUGGUGUUCGAGAUUUGCCCAAGUAUGUUUCGCUUGAGCAGAUGGUUAUGGUGUGUUCGCUGGACGAAAUAAAGCAUCACGUCCCUCCAGGUAUUAUUUACGGGCAGCUGUCGCAGUUAAUUCUUGCUGCUGCGAGGGAAUCGUUGAGCUUUAUCUUUUCUGGCGGGGUUGAGGAAUAA